CGGGUCCAAAGUCCCCUGGAGCUAGAACUCUGUUUCUUUUUGCUUUGUAAGCUCCAACAUAGACGACAUUAAGAUUAUUUUUUUAAAUAGUUAAGUCAUUUUUCUUUGAAUUCCGAUUUUUUUAACUACAUUUUUUUCGUAAAUCGUGGAUACCACCACAAAAAUUAAUAUCGGACUACUCUCUCAGUCUGCUAUUGUUCAGUAGCAGACAAGAAGAUCCAAAAUGGCUCGUGUUUUAUUAACGUGUUUUUUAAUUUUGUUGCCAGCACAUCUGGCGGAAUCAUCCGGUGUGUUUGAGUUGAAAGUGCAUUCUUUUACAAGCACAAGCAGUGUGUGUAAACGGUCCAGCGACUGCCAGAUCUUUUUCCGUGUUUGCCUGAAGCACUCGCAAGACAUCAUAUUACCAGAGCCGCCGUGCACUUACGGCACUGGAAUGACAGGAAUACUCAGCGCAGACUCCAUCUCCAGCAGCGCGCACAUCCGCGUGCCUUUCAGCUUCAAGUGGCCGGGAAUCGUCUCGUUGAUAAUAGAAGCCUGGAACGCAGAGUCCUCUGACCAGUCAACAGAGAACAUCAACAACAUGAUCAGCCGUUUGGCCACUAAAAGAAGACUCGGCAUCGGCGAGGACUGGUCCCAGGACGUGCAUCUUGGAGAGCAAAGUCAACUGCGCUUUUCUUAUCGCGUUGUGUGCGAUGAAUUCUACCAUGGCGAGGAAUGCUCGGAUUUCUGCCGCCCACGGAACGAUGCGUUUGGCCACUUCAACUGUGACGCCGCUGGCAACAGGAUUUGCCUGCCUGGAUGGAAAGGCGACUAUUGCACUGAACCCAUCUGCUCGUCUGGCUGUAGCGAGGAGCACGGUUAUUGUGAGGCCCCCGGUGAGUGCAAGUGCCGCCUCUGGUGGCAGGGCCCCCUCUGCGACGAGUGCCAGCGAUACCCGGGGUGCCUGCAUGGCACCUGCAACCAGCCCUUUCAGUGCAAUUGCAAGGAAGGCUGGGGAGGCCUGUUCUGCAACGAGGAUCUGAACUUCUGCACCAAUCACAAGCCUUGCAUGAAUGACGCCACCUGUACCAACACCGGUCAGGGCAGCUACACCUGCAUCUGCAAGCCUGGCUUCAGCGGCAAAACCUGCGAGAUCGAGACCAAUGAGUGCGACAGCAACCCGUGCAAGAACGGAGGCAGUUGCAAUGAUCUGGUGAAUGAUUACACCUGCACAUGCCCUCAAGGCUUCUACGGGAAGAACUGCGAGGUCAGCGAUAUGACCUGCGCUGACAGACCCUGCUUCAAUGGAGGAACCUGCGUGGAGAAGGGAACCGGUGGAUACUCCUGCCGCUGCCCUGCUGGUUACAUGGGCUCCAACUGCGAGAAGAAAAUCGACCGAUGCAGCAGCGACCCCUGUGCUAAUGGUGGCCAGUGUCUCGAUUUUGGCAACAGACUGACAUGCCGAUGCCGUCCCGGCUUCUCAGGCUCACGUUGCGAAAUCAACAUUGACGACUGUGCAAACAACCCUUGCCAGAAUGCUGGCACCUGUGUGGACGGCAUCAACGGCUAUACCUGCACAUGCACGCUUGGUUUCUCAGGCAAAAUGUGCGCCGUCCGCUCUGACGCCUGCAGCCUCAUGCCUUGUGAGAAUGGAGGGACCUGCUACACCCACUUCUCCGGGCCCGUCUGCCAGUGUCCACUAGGCUUCAUGGGCACACGAUGCGAGUAUAAAGACAAGCCUCCUGUGGCCAUCCCUACUAUUCCAGCAGCCUUGGUGGUCUCAUUCACUCUAGGCCUCAUCACUCUUACUCUAGUGGUCUGCGCCGCCAUUGUGGUCCUGAGACAGAUGCGACAAGGCCACAAACCAACCUCCACCACUGUGCGUAACGACUUGGAGUCUGUCAACAACCGCAUUUCUUUGACCCCAACUUCAACUUUAGGCCGAGAGAAGGACGCCUUGCUUAUUCCUGGUGGUCCUUUUAAGGUGUCCAAUAAAGAUGUGGCGCUCAGAUCCACCACUGUGGACACUCAUUCCAGUGACAAAUCCAAUUACAAGCAAAAGAUGGUGGACUACAAUGUGAGCAUUGACGAAAAACCUACAAACAACAAACUAGACAUGAAAAACUCGGAAUCUACAUUACUGGUUCCACCACUGAACUAUCCAAAAGAGGGAGUGUAUCAUCCUGUGUACAUCAUUCCUGAACACAUAGAACAAUGUGUAUUUGCUACUGAGGUUUAACAGUAUUCGUCAAUCUGGAGCACCUCAAUAACCAAUGGGCCUGACCCUAAAAUGUUUACAGUCUUAAAGGACAAAAGGAAGACGUGACGAGAGUAUAUAUAUAUUAUAUCUACAUUUAUUAUUUAUUUAUUCAUGCUGCUGAGUAAAAGGACUACUUCUUAAUAUGGACAAUGAUUUUGCGAAGACAAAGCAAGAGACUUGAAGACUUGAGGAACAACUUGCAUUAUUUGCACUAUUUUCUUUUCCUUCUUUUUUUUUAAUGACCCAAAAAGAAUUUAUAUAUAUUUCAUCAUAUUUAAAAUGUAAAUAAUGACCAAGAACUCUCUGGAAGAGCUGAGAAGAAUCAAGGAUUUGUUAAUCACAGAAGCCUUGAAAAAGAAGCAAACAGGCAUCCUGAAGUUCAUCUCACUCUGUGAAUCACAUGAAGCCCAGUCAAUCAGCGUUAUGGGUGGAGGAGGUGCAACUGAAGAAUCUGGAACUGUGACCAUGGAGUAUUUUUUAUUAUUUUUUUUUGGACAUGGUUCGAAAUGCUAUUUAUAAACGGAUUUGUGAUGAAAAGCAAUCAAAGAUAUUGAAACAAGCUGUUUCAACUGUAAACAAUGUGAACAACUGUCUUCGGAAUCUACAGUUUAAAUAUGACUGUGAUUUUACUUAGUGCCUACAAUGGAUUUGACUAUCAGUGAUGUUCACUCAAACCAAACCCAAUCUUAAUUAAGUGCCUCAUCUUUUAAAUGUGUUAUAGCUCAAUGGAAAAGGUACUCCUUAGAAACACUGAAAAAAAAGAAAAACUCUACUGGAGUAUGCUUUUCGACAGAAAAUGUUUGGGUUGACUUGGGUACAAAUUGUUUAACCAGCAGUUCAUGAUGGAUGCUGUUGUGUACAGCUUUCAUCCUGUCAACAUUCACUGCUGCUAAGCUAUUUCCGACAUUCCCAAGGCUCAAAAGUACCAGUUGGUUCAAACUGAUAGCCUCAUCAUUGUCAAGAUUUCCUGGUUUUGUGAACCUCUGCAUUAGUGUAUUUUUCAGAAAAAAAAAAAAAAAUGCAAGAUCAAGAUUCUUAACAAAGUAGAAUUUUUUUUCUUUCCUUUUUUUUUUUUUUUUUUUUGUACGUGGCAUUUGUUUCUUACAUUUUUUAAAACCAUUUAAACCAAAUAGAUACUUUUAUAUUUUAUACGGUCUUUCUUAAUUUAACAAUGCAAUAUUGUACAAAAUCUUGAGAUAUUCCUACUAUUUAAUUGGAUUGUAAAUAAUGUGUAUUUAUGAAAGAUAAAUGUAUGUAUGUUUAUGUAUUGUGUUGUUUGUCACAAGGCCAGAAAUAUAUAUAUUUUUCAUACAAUAAAUCCUGAAAUAAUUUA